AUGUCGACUGUCCACACGGCGAUGAUGAAGAAAAUUGUGAAUGGCCGGUGCCCGGGUCGAGAUGCGAUUUCGAAAACAAUGCCACCCUUUGCCCAGAUUGGACCACGAUUACGCAAAGACCUUAACCCAAAACCACUUUUCAGACUCCAUCACUUCGAUCCGAUGCCCGAUGAUCUACUCGUCAAAGCGAAUUAUGGAGAUGCUAUGAAAGACUGGGAAUAUGCAAAUAUUCCACAUCGCGAUCAAACCCCGGGAACGAUUGAAGGACAUUUCCUCUGGGCUUCACACAAAUUCCAAAAGAACUACAAAAGCAGAAUAAAUGAGAACCCGUUCUUUCAACGCUUCCAAUCUCCAUUUUUUCCGCCCACCGUCAGUCAUGAUGAUGAAAAACAUGAGACUUGUUUUAUUCGUUACUGGUACUGCGAAAAAAUGCCUCACGAGAUGUUGGAAUGGAAGAUCUACAAAGGAUUCAAAGGGGCUGAAGAUGAGAUUGAGUUGCAGCUUCUGUUUCCGAAAGAGCAAGGUCUUGAUUGGAAAUCGCAUUGCGAUUGGAAACGAGCCGCGGUCAAAUUGAUGCCACAAGUGAGCAAAUCUCAUGGAAAAACAUUUUUCAUCACAAUUAUG